AUGCUCAAUUUUACGCCCUUAUCAGGCCCGUAUGCGCCUGCGUCUGACAUAAGGGGCGACAAUGCCGGCGGCGGCGGCGGCGGCAGCUCUGAGCGAUCCAAGGCGCUCUCCUACUUGUUGGAAAUUGACCAAUGUCGCAUUUUGCUGGAUUGCGGCGCACCUGAGGACCUGACAUUUGUGGAUGAUACGCAGCUGAAGCAGGAAGGGUCCCAUGUAUGGCGUGGAACACUCCCCGACAUUCUGGAGCGUAUAGGUCCGACGAUCGAUGUUGUGCUUCUCACACAUGCAGAAAUGUCGCAUCUAGGGCUAUAUGCGUACGCAUACGCCAACUAUGGCCUUCAGUGCCCAGUGUAUGCGACGUUGCCUGUACAGACCAUGGGGCGCCUGCAAAUGCUUGAGAUCGUUCGCUCGUGGCGCGCCGAAGUCGAUGCGAAUCUGACGUCGUCUAAGAGCGAAGCAAAUUCGGGAUUGAAGCGCUAUAUCCCCACGGAGGCGCAGGUAGAUGAUGCUUUUGAUGCAAUACGGCCUCUCCGAUACCUGGAACCGACGCCUUUGGAUGGCAAAUGCGCUGGUCUCGUGCUGACGGCGUACAAUGCCGGGCACUCCCUCGGCGGCACGGUGUGGAAACUGCGCUCGCCCACUGUCGGCACCAUCGUAAUGGCGCUCGAUUGGAAUCAUCACCGUGAGCGCCACCUGGAUGGAACGGCGCUCUUGUCGGUCGGUGCUGCUGCGCCGCUUGCGCAUGCCAUAGGACGGCCUGAUGUUCUUAUCACUGACAUUGAGCGUGGUCUCUUCACCAAUGCGCGGCGGAAAGAUCGCGACGCCGCAUUACUGAGCCAAAUACAUCGCACACUUACAAGCGGGCAUUCCGUGCUGAUUCCCGUCGACAGUGCGGCACGUCUGCUCGAGAUUCUCGUGCUGCUCGACCAGCAUUGGGCAUUUUCAUACCAACACCAGCGUUUCCCGCUAUGUCUCGUAUCACACACUGGGCAGGAGGUCGUCGAGCGUGCACGCACAUUCAUGGAAUGGAUGUCGCGCGAAUGGGCGAUUCAGCUGCUGGAUGCGCCUGAGGCGUCGUCGCGUCGCAAGACAACUUCCAGCAGCUCGUCGUCAUCGGCGGCGACGGCCAAGUCACCACUGGACUUUUCGGGCCUUCGAUUCUACUCGUCUGUGGAAGCGUUGCAUCAAGCACUUACGCCAUCGCAGGUGAAGGUUGUGCUGGCUACGCCCCCAGCGCUUUCGCAUGGCUUGUCUCGGCAGCUGCUCCCCGAGUUCCUGUGUGAUCCAGAUGCGCUGUUGAUCCUCACAUCGCGUGGCACGCCAUCGAGUCUCGUGCGCAAUCUAUGGGACCGCUGGAAUGCGAAGCAGGCUGAUCGCGAUGCAUGGCGUCAGGGCCACGUCGGUGUGCCGGUCAGUGUGGGAGGUCAGCUAAGCUACGAGCUCCGACGACGGGUGCCACUUGCUGGCGAUGAGCUCCGGACGUAUGUGGAACGGCAAAAAGCGCGCGAAGCUGCAGCCGAUGCGCCACGCGCACGCAUCCAGCAGCCACAGCGCGAGGCAGACGAUGUGGAUGAUGACGAUGCGUCGUCGUCGGACUCGAGCUCUGACGACGAGUUCGAUGGCCAGCCGAGUCGCUUGCCUUCCACACGCACCAUCGCACCAGAGCGUGCACAGAUGCAGCUCAAUGCAGCAGCGCCAGAGCCCGUUGGCAUGUCAUUUGAUAUAUUCCUACGUGGCCAAGUCAGCCGCGAUGCUGUGCACUAUCGCAUGUUCCCGCACAUCGAGCGGAAACGCAAGGUCGAUGGGUAUGGCGAGUCGAUCGAUACAUCGCGAUGGCUCGCACGUCGCAGGCGCUUGGAGGCUGAGCAGGAGGAGCAACUGAACCCUGAGCGUCUUAAGCCGCAGAAGAAGCGCACUCGCCCUGUCGAUGUGCCGUGCAAGUACACGUCCGAUACGCUCAAUGCCGCUGUGCGGUGCCAUGUCUUGUAUGUCGACUUGCAGGGGCUCAAUGACGGCCGUGCGCUCACGACCCUCGUGCCGCAGCUGCAGCCGCGCCGUCUUAUCAUGGUGAAUGGCGACGAGGCAACGACGCUCGCUGUGCGUGCGAAGCUCAGCCGCACACAUGACCUGUACACGCCCGACCUAGGGCAGACGGUCUCGGUGGGUGGUCUAUCGAACUCGUACAGCGUGCGCCUCGGCGAUGCGCUCAUGGGCAGCCUGCGCUGGCAUCCUAUGCAAGACUACAAUAUCGUGCACUUGCACGUGUCGCCGGACUUUGCGAGCGACUCGGAUACCCCGACGCUUGUGCCUGUGAAUGAUGCUGCCACCGUCCACACGGCUCAGGCCCCCUCAACGCUGUACAUCGGUGAUUUGCGUCUCCCUGCGCUCAAGGCGUACCUGGCCCGUCAGCACCGCAUCCGCGCCGACUUUGCUGGUGAAGGCGUGCUCGUGUGUGGCGAUCGUGACGAGCGCAAUGUCACUGUGACGAAGCAGGGAACUGGCCGCAUCGUUGUCGAGGGCAGUCUAUCUACGAACCUUGCGCGUGUGCGGCAGUCGAUCUACCAGCUUGUUGCCCAGGUGCACCGGUAG